AUGCAUUUAACGCGUGCACGAAUGGAAUCUCGACGACAGAUGAGCUGUCCUUUUUUGAAAAUAUUGAACCCUGCAUCUUUUGCAACAAAAAUGGAAGCAAUACGCAUUGUUGAGAUUGAUGGGGUUUCUGUUUUAACACAUGACAGAAACAUUCUUAACCCUUUUUCCGAGAGAUUUAACAAGAGAUAUUUAGUGAAUGCCAUGGAUUGUUCCAUUGUCCGUGAUGACAUUCUAUCAACAAUUCAUAACCACUUCGAUAACCACUCAAAAGACCAUUAUGUGCGAAAAAGGGUUGUUCCCAUCAAUUACUACUCUGAAAUAGCGGGAGUCAAGGAAUCUAAACUCAAUGUUUGCAAGAUUUGUUUUAACCAUUGCGCGCUGAACUACAUUAAUCAACAUCUCAAGAAAGAGCAUGGCGUUAAGAGAAAAUUCCAACGGCACGUCUUCAGAACAACCGGGUAUGCAAUUCCCAACCAAAAGUGCGGCUUUUCCUAUUUAUACGGCGAAAAAGAAGACACCAAACCGCCCACUUCAAUGACAACCAUCGAAGGCCCGCUUACCCAUCUCCGGUACGAGGACAAGUUCCUCCGCACAAUCAACGCCAACCUAUAUUACGGAAAGGGAUACCCGCAGUACUUACACAGCGAAAACAAGGAAGAAAGUAUACCGGUGUUUGAGGCCGUCAAGAAGUAUAUUCUCCAGGACAGGCCACAUUUGAAGGGCACGCAUCCCAUUUACAAUCGGAUGUUGCGAGAAGGCAUAUUGAAGGUUCCCGUUCUCUUUACGACCCAGGUUAUCUAUGCAAACUAUGCCAGCCGCUUUUUCUACACGUUUGCCAAGUUAUGCGAUAACCGAAUCAUCGAGGAAGUGGUGACCAAUCCCACCGACGAAGUGGUGAAGCGGGCGGUGAUGGAGACGAUCGAAAGGUAUAUUGUGGUGGAAGAAGACACGACUGAAACGUUUAUCAAAGCCGUGAUUAUCUCGUUGAUGCUUCCUGAUGACCGGUUUGCGCAGUCAAAGGUGCGAGCCAAAAUCUUUGACGGGAUCAACUAUUUCUUGAAGUUGGCCAUAGCAGACUAUAUGUUGAUGAGAAACAACGCCAAGGAGAUUAUCAAAAACUGGGAACAUCUAGCAUACCAGGCAUUUGAGUCCACACGGUCAUACAACCAUAAAUUCAAUAGGACGUUGCCGGCUUUCCAGACGAUAGUCGACCAGCAGGAUAACCGAAAGGUGAUGAUCGGGUCGGUCAGAUUCAGUACGCCGGACCUCGGCAAGUUGGUUAGAUGCUUGGUCCGGGAGUACCAUACCACGGUUCGAAACUUGCUACCGGACGGGAUGUUGAUGGUGGACGAGCUAUACGAGGAGUUUCGAAAGCACGCCAAAGAUAUGUUCAGCUGCACGGAUUUAGGAUAUAGUGUUUUCUACGGAACAGACGAACUCAACAAGCUUUCUUAUCAGCAGCGACGCACGUACGAGGAAGCCGUCGGCGAUAAAUGGAAGAAUCAAAAGUAUAUGAGAAGCAUGUUUGACCAGUUUACCAGGCUCAACUUGAAUAUCUUUGUAUGCAUCUUGAUCACCUGUGGCAGUCCAUUUCGGGUGACGGAGUUGCUCACGUUGACGUUUGCCAACCCGACAGAUUUGGUGCGCACGAUGUAUUAUUCCAACGAGCAUAUUCAGAUUAACCUUCUCUAUAAUAAGAAUACGCAUAGCAGCAUGCGAUAUUCGAACCAUACCAAGAUGUUGCCCAUUGAGGUUUCCAAAAUAGUCAUCCAUUACGUGUCAAUUAUCAAAUAUUUGGAGGUUGCAAUCGUGGAAGAGCACGGGUGGGCCAAGUCCAAAAGCGAUAUGAGCGUGGCAGACGAUUGGGAAGACGACGAAGAGUUUGACGAGCUGGACGGAAAUGAUCUGGAAGAUGGGGCUAGCUUGUUAGCGUCCAAGGCGCUUUCCAAGAGAGAUGAAAUAAAGACGCUCUUGUUCAUGUAUAAGCUCGGCCCGAGAAAUGGGGGCCAGGUGUUCAAGUAUUUGGAGCUGGUGAGUGAAAAGUAUAUCAGGGAGAAGUAUACGCCCAGGAUUUUACGGCAGGCAUUAGUCUAUUUUACGCGGACGCUCUUGGAAGAAGCAAAGUAUCAAGGAGUGGGGAUUCUCAAUCGAAUUGAUUCCAUUGCAGGUCAUAGGUCAGAGACCGCCGAUUUGCAGUACGGAGUUACGCAUAGCAAUAUGUAUGCAAACCUAUAUGAUGGAUAA